AUGAUUCCGACAGAUGAUCUGAACGAAGCAAGGGUACAGAAGGUUUUGGGAAUAACUUGGCAGCUGGACAAGGACGAAUUACAAUUACGUUUCAGAAAGAAUGUAAAUGACGGCGAAAGAUUACAAAAGGAAAACUAUGACCCCUUAGGUUGGGCAGCACCAGUUAAUUUGAAGGCAAAAUUGCUGGUACAGAAGUUAUGGAAAAAAUCGUUUACUUGGGACGAGAUUCUGCCGGAAAAGAUUCAGAAGGAAUGGAAAGAGAUACAGAAAUUAUGGAAUGAAUUCGAUUUAUUUUUUGUUCAUUUUCAUCAUACAUUUUUCAUCGAGUGA